CGCAAAGAUUGAAACUCGGGGCUUUUCAGCAACGCAUCAGUGACACUCAACGUGAUUUGAGUGAGGCUCAAAUCGCAAAGAUUGAAGAUAUGAGCAAGGAUCAAUACAAAUUUCGCAAACACGACAACGAAGAGCAGUAUAAAGUUAACGUGAAGGUUACGAGGAAACUCAAGGAGGCUGACGCAAUUCGAGCACCAGCACAAGUUUUGGACCACCUUUGCAGUCACAGGAGCCGCCGAGAGCUACGCGUUUGUUCGCUGGCAGGAAGCCUGGCUCGUGUUUCGCCUGUGGCAAGGCGGGGCACUGGAGGGCUGAGUGCAGAGAGAUGGGCGGCGAUGCCUCACAGAAAGCAAAAUCUAGGUAUCCAGGAGAGAAUUCAGGGAGAGAUCGAGGCAGCUGGGAUUAAAUCGGACAAGUUUUCUGAGCUUUCCAGGAUUAUGGCUCAGCAGAUGUUGGACGCUAAGAGUGAAAGCACUACAAAGAGGUAUUGUUCGGGUUUUGAUAGAUGGAAGACAUUUAUUUUAGCGGAAGGAGGUGAUCUUUUACCAGCACAGCCGAUUCAUGUCGCUUUAUACAUUUCUAGUUUAAUGAAUCAAGGGUCUUUAGUCAGUGUUGUGCAAUCCGCUUUAUAUUCAAUUAAAUGGGCACACAGUAUGAUUGGAGCAAGUGAUCCUACUGAAAAUUAUUUUGUUAAAAACUUGAUGGAGAGCGCAAAAAGGCAAUCAUCGAAACCGAUUGUGAAGAAGGACAUAGUGACAUCUGAGCAAAUCAUUGAAUUAUGUGAAAAAUACAAAGGGAGUAAAGCCAUUGUAGUGUGGAGAGAUCUCGCUUAUAUAGUGCUUAGUUAUUCUGGUUUUUUGAGAUCUGAUGAAGUAUUAUCUUUAAAGGGAGCUGAUAUUGAAUUUCAGGAUGAUUUUAUGUUAAUUCAUAUCCGUAAGAGCAAAACGGAUCAAUAUCGUCAGGGUAAUUCUGUCGUAAUUAGUAUGGGGCAGACGAGUGCUUGUCCUGUUAGCGUCUUGAAAACUUAUGUUGAAAUGGGGAACAUAAAUGUAGCUUCAGGGUCUGAUGAGUAUGUUUUUAGACCAUUGUAUUGUAACAAAGGAAAAAAAAAGGGGCUAACAAAGAAAAACAAGCCCAUUAGUUAUACAAGGGCCCGUGAAACAGUUUUGGCCCGGUUACGAGAAGUUUGCGGUACUGCAAAUUUAGGUCUUCAUUCUUUAAGAGCUGGUGGAGCUACGGCAGCGGCCAGGGCUUCGGUACCAGAUAGGAUGUGGAAGAGACAUGGAGGGUGGAGAAGCGAAAAGGCCAAAGAUGGCUAUGUUGAAGAUAGUAUGGAGCAUAGGCUAUUGGUUUCUAAAUCUUUACAUUUGUAGGAUAUUCAUGUAUAUACAUGUGUUUCAUAUGGUUAUGUUUUUAUUUGGGUUAAAUAUGGAUUGAGGAAAUCAGUUAUUUUUUUUAUAUAUAUGCAAAUCACACUACCGGUACUUUAUUAAAUUGGCUGAAAUGUAUAAGUGUUGAAAAGCCAUAACUUUGAAGGAGUAUAUUAUAAUAAGGGUUCAAUUUGUUUUAUGCAUCAUGCAUUUGGAAUUGAAAUUCACAGGUUUCAUAGGCUAUUAAUAUUCACAUAAAUGAAAGUGUAUGUAACAUGAGUCGUGAUGUUAUUUGGCAUAUAAGGUAGUCGUUUGAAAAAUCAUCAAAGAUAAUACUAAUAUUUGGUGGGAGUAUGGUUGGAAAUUUUUUGAUGUACAUAUUAGAUGACGAUAAAUCUAAUUUGUUUUCUGUGGCAGAGUUUAUACAUGAGCACUACGAUAAUGUCUAAAUUUGUACGAAAAUCAGUAUAGAACAUUUUAGAUAUAAAUGUUUAAUUUGUUUUCAUAUUUUAAUAAUUGCCUUUAAAAAUGAUUUUUUUUUAGGCUAAGGAUUAUUUAUUUUGUUAAAUUGGUAUUGCUGCAGAUACAAUUGAGUAACUUUUAGGUUUUCUCGUGAAUUUCCUCAAGCUCGUUAUAGCUUUUGUUCCCGUUCUUUGAAAUUCUAGUCGUCCCACAAGCUAUCCCUCAAUAUAUAUUGUAUAUUGUGUAUUUUGUUUUGGUUGGUUGGGAGGGAUGGAAGUAUAAUGUAGGAGUGUAGAGAAAUGGCGUUUUUUGUUUCGGAUGUUUGUAAGAUGUUGAUUUAAUAGAGAAGACUAUUAUUUGCCUGCGGUACGUUUGUAUAGCAGGCAAAUGUUGUUUUAUCGUUUUAAUGUAUUCAUUCUUACGCCGUGGUCCGGCGCCUUGAUUGAAAGGAAGAAUGGGCACAAUGGUAUGCAUAACAGGUGUCAUAGAUGAACACGCUAUAGGGCGUGGCAAUGGAAAGUGUAUGUGUAAAUCAUUCUAGCUUGUGACAGCACCAAGACAAAUUUAUCAUAUUGUUAUAUAAAUUUGCUUUAUGCAUUUUAUUUUGGGCCUGGGGUUUUUCAGAGUUUUUUUAGCUCAUUGAGUUUUAUCUAUGUUUUUUCAUCCUGGGCGUACACAUUCAUUCGUAUAAGAUGAGCGAAUGUGAUUGACCAAUCAUUUGUUUUUUAGGAUAAAUAUGUAUGAGCAUUUGUAUCAAUGAUUUGAUGUUAUUUGUAUAUGUUCUCGUUUGUGUUUCAUGACAACUUGGCAAGUAGAAUGGUCGACUCUAGUCGUCCCACAAGGGGGGUUUUGCAAAAGUCUCUCACAGUUUUUCCAGAGUUUUUUGCUCAUCGAGUUUUACCUCUGGUUUUUUCAACUGGUCUGACUUGUCGCAUAAUAUAGGAUAAGAGGUCGGUUCAUUUGUCACUGUUACUCUACAAUACACGAUGUAUGUUAUGUCAUUAUAGAUUCCUAAUAUCUAUCAAGAACGGUGUUCUGCAAGUUCGAUAUUUGUUUUAUCAUGUACAAUAAAAACGGUCGGUCGGCUCCUAGUCGUCCCACAAGCUAUCCCUCAA